AUGAAGCUGCUUGUGUCGUACCCGGCGACGGGCCAGAACAAGGUUUUCGAGAUCGAAGAUGAGAAGCGAGUGCGCCCGUUCUACGAGAAGCGCAUGGCCCAGGAAGUCGAGGCCGAUUCCCUCGGAGACGAGUGGAAGGGAUACGUUGUCCGAAUCACCGGAGGCAACGACAAACAAGGCUUCCCCAUGAUGCAGGGAGUGCUCACCAACGGACGUGUCCGACUACUCCUGAAGAAGGGCCAGAAGUGCUACCGCCAGCGACGAACUGGCGAGCGCAAGAGGAAGUCCGUCCGUGGAUGCAUCGUUGACCAGAACCUGUCCAUCCUCAACCUCGUCGUCGUCAAGAAAGGUGACGCUGAUAUCGAGGGCCUCACCGACACCGUCAUCCCCCGCGUGAAGGGACCCAAGCGCGCCAGCAAGAUCCGCAAGCUUUUCAACCUCGAGAAGGAUGAUGAUGUCCGCAAGUACGUCAUCCGCCACGACAAGGUCCUCAAAAACGGCAAGACUCGCUCCGUCGCCCCGAAGAUUCAACGCCUCAUCACCCCCCGUGUCCUCCAGCACCGCCGCCAAAUCCGCUCCCACCGACUGAAGCAACAACAGAAGGAGAAGGACGCGCGCAAGGCCUACGAAGUCGUCCUCGCCAAGUACCGUGCCGAGCAGAAGGAGCGCAGGAAGUCCGGCAGCAGGUCGUCCAUCUCCAAGAAA